UAUCAGAUCCAUAUGCAUGAAGCAGCCAUGCAAAUCCAGAAGUUUUCCUGAAUUUCACGGGGAAUUCUCUCAACUUAAACCCCUGUUUUUUUUUCGACUCAGCCGACAAGCGGGAAAUUCGCCUCUGCUCGGGAAAAUCGAGGGGGAAGACGCCUGGAUUUGGUUUUGGCGAGCAGCCCCUGGGUCAGUUUCAUGUGGCGCGUCAAUUCCUUGUCAAUUUCCUGCACGCUGGUAAUUCCUAGUCAGUCCCGUGCACUUCCUCGUUAAUGAUGACUAUGACCGCGAUGGCUGACGGGCUGCUAGCACCAGACUCAUCUAAGUCGGCCUUUCUGGAGUUUGGUCAUCCCGCUCAGCAGUCAUCCCCUGGCAUGUCUCAUGGACACUACCCGGUGCACGGCCUGCACUCCAGCGGACACUCCCAACACGAUGGCUCUUACUCCGGCGCCUCUUCCUACGGCAGGUCGCUGGGUUAUCCGUACCCGAGCUCAGUUAGCAACCACGCACCCAAUCCGUACAUGCCCUAUCAGAACAGCAGCACUUUGGGGCACACCAGGUUAGAAGACACAGAGCACGAGAAAUCGACUGUAAUCGAAAAUGGGGAAAUACGAUUGAAUGGCAAAGGGAAAAAAAUCCGAAAGCCAAGGACCAUUUACUCGAGUCUUCAACUGCAAGCUCUGAAUCACCGCUUCCAACAGACACAGUAUUUGGCGCUGCCAGAGAGAGCAGAGUUAGCAGCUUCUCUGGGACUCACACAGACACAGGUGAAAAUCUGGUUCCAGAAUAAGCGCUCCAAAUACAAGAAAUUGAUGAAACACAGUUCCAAUGUGCAAGAAGGCGACCACCUACCCACCUCUGCUGCUUUGUCUCCGUGUUCGCCCAAUAUCCCACCAGUCUGGGACGUUCCCAUGCCAAAUAAGGGCUCCACUAUGCCGCCGAACAGCUACAUUAACAGUUUUGGGUCAUGGUACCCACCGCCCCACCAGGACACCAUGCCAAGACCCCAAAUGAUGUGAUUAACCCAGAGUACAAUCAUUCCCACAAACUUCUUAAAAACACUCAAAACAAUCUGUCACAUGAUUUCAAAUAGUCUUAUGGACGAGAAAAGGCGACUGAAUCCAGAUAACAAUGACAAUAUGCUUUCAGUCGUAUCUAAACAGGUUUGUUCCAGAAAUACAAUGGGUAUAUAGAGUCAAACUCCUCUAACGAGUGCAACACAAAUUUGUACGAUGUUUGUAAUUCUAUUGGAGUAGUUUGAUGUAUCUAUAAUCUACGUUGUGAAUUACAAAAAAAACCCCGAUUUUAUACCUGUUCUACUAAACUCAAUUUUAGUGUUUUAAAACUUUUUUUUAAACUCCAGGAUGCAAAUCCUUCUUAGUUGGGCAAAGUGCAUAGGCUGUAUUUCAGGCAUUUACCGAUAAAUUAUCCAUUCUCUUCUUUGGGCUCUUACCAUAUCAGUUUUUUGUGUACUUUUUAUUUAAUUACCGUAAUUCAAACUUGAAGCAUGAAAGUGUCAUUUGCCAUAUAUAGCUUCAGUCAGAUAGAGCUGCAAACACCUGGUUAAUUGGAGAGUAUGCGGCUGGAAUAUUCAGGUUUUCUCUUUUUAAAAAAAAUCUGUUUAGUAUGAAGUGAAUUUGGUAAAUGCAAGUACAUACAAUCACAAAACCGUUUAUAAUCGGAAUGAUUCAGCAAGUAUGGGAAUUCACAAUGGAUUAUACGGUAUUGCUAAAAAAAAAAGUGCCGGUUUUGAUUGUUGAUCAGAAAUUCCCUUGAAUUUCUGGGAAAAAAAAAUCAAUACCUCAAACGUUAGCCAUUUAAGAUUCUACAAGAAAUAUUCUAUCUUUCUGGCAUUUCCUUUUCUUUUCUUUAAAGACAGUAUCCGUUUGAUUUGCACUGUAAGUAAUUGAACCGGGCUAGUUUAAACUUCCAUUUCCAUUGAGAUCUCCAAUUUGUAGAACUGCUCUGGGCAGUAGUUCAGCCUGCGGUGCCAUGUUCAAAUCUUUCAAGGGUUAAAAUUAACUGGAGGCGGAAGUCUCUAGGAUGGGUCGUUCUCAUCGUUUGCAACAGGGUUCUCAACAGGGUGCACUCUGUGCCCACCCCUCUAGUUUCUCAAGAAUAAACAAUACUGUUCACAAUGAACGUGGCAUGAUGCAAGAGAUGAGGAAGAAUGUGUUUUUUUAAAAUUUGAAAUACAGCCUAUGUUGUGAAAUAAAGGGUUAUGCUUAUCUCUCCCAAGCAAUAUGAAGGUAAACGAUUUCUUGGAGAAAAGAGAGCGAGGGAACAUUACGUGUGUAUAUAUUGUUAAAUUAGUUGUAAAUAGUGCAUAUGUAUUAUGUCUCAUUAUUCUAAGACCCGUGUCAUCGCGUUCAAUCGACCCAAUUCGAACAAAUAUGGCUACUCAAUUUAAUAGUACGUUUCUCAGGAUUAUAGAAACCGAAGUGUGUUAGCAUUUUUUUUAAAAAAGCAAUGCCGACUUAACUGUGGAUUUAACUGUAAUUAUGUGUAAAGGAAAGGCACAAGGUUUGCAUGUAAUUGAUCAAACUAUUCCAUUCAUUGCACCUCCCAUCACAGUUUCUCGCUUCAAUUUCCUUUGGGGUCAAACAUAAAGACGAACCUCAACAGAAUUUAAAAAUAUAUAAAUAUAUAAAAUGUAUGCGGUCAUGUUAAAAAGUGCAGGAAACGUGGCUUUUUUUUGCAUGACCACAUUUUGGAUUCGCCAAGAACUGGUGCAUUUCUGGAAAUGUUAUUUGUCUUCAUGAUUAAAAAAACCUGAACUUUUAAAAUUAAGCUGUGGUUUCCAGUGUGGUCACCGAGCGCCCUGCCUUUGUAUUUCUCACAAGCGACACAGGCGACAUAUUGUGGAAAAUUUGGUUUGAUGGAGAAAUUAAUCGCAAUUGGUCU